GCGCUGGAAGCUGCAUUAUGCCAGCCGCAUCCGAUUUCUGGUCCAGGAGGGCGAAGAGACCAGGUGUCUUCAGUUCCACGAGGAAAAUGUGCCUUUGAUGCCAGAGGUUGUCAAGCUGGAGGCUUCAGUGGGCAGUGUGCUGCUACCUCUGGCGGGAGUGCUUCGGGAGUUCGGGCACUUCCCGCCAUGGGAGGUUGAGCGAAGACUGCAGGAGGAAGUUGCCCAGAUGAUGCGAGAG